AUGGGAGGUUACGAAGCGUGUGUGACCCCGACGUGUGGCAAGAGCGGCUCGCUCGUGUGCCCCACGUGCAAGAAACUCGGCAUUCCGCCCGUCAUGAGCUCCUUUUGCUCCCAGCUGUGCUUCAAGAGCUACUGGUCGUCGCACAAAGCGCUGCACCAGAUGUUUACGCAAGCGCGGAAAGAGACCCAGAGUGGGCACGCAUCCCCGUUCGACGGCUUUGCGUUCACGGGUAAAUUACGUCCCGGUAAAGUAUCGGCAAUGAGUAAAGUACCCGAGCACAUUUUGCGUCCAGACUAUGCCGAGACGGGCAUCCCCGUGUCCGAACAACAGGCGAGCAAGAGCAUUCCUAUUUACACACCCGAGCAGAUUGCUGGUAUCCGAGAAGCCUGUCGCAUCGGACGAGAGGUGCUGGAUAUUGCAGGCAGAGCACUGCGUGUCGGCGUGACCGGUGACGACAUUGACAAGAUUGUGCACAAGGCCUGUCUCGAGCGGAACUGCUACCCGUCACCGCUGAAUUACUACCACUUUCCGAAGUCGGUCUGUGUCUCGGUGAACGAAGUCAUUUGUCACGGCAUUCCCGACUCGCGUGCUUUCGAAGACGGCGAUAUUGUCAAUCUGGAUGUGACCGUGUACAAGAAUGGCUAUCACGGAGAUCUCAAUGAUACGUUCUUGGUGGGCAAUGUGGACGAAGACGGUGUGCGACUCGUGAAGACGGCGUUCGAGAGUCUAGCAACAGCGUCGAAGCUUGUGCGUCCAGGCACAAUGUUCCGCGAGCUAGGAAAGCACAUUGCUGCCGUUGCCAACGCACAGGACUUUUCCGUCGUGAAGACGUAUUGUGGUCACGGAAUCGGAUCGUUGUUUCAUUGCUCUCCAAAUGUCCCUCACUAUGCAAAGAACAAGGCUGUUGGUAUCAUGAAGCCCGGGAUGAUCUUUACGAUCGAGCCAAUGAUCAAUAUGGGCUCAUGGCGUGACAAGACAUGGCCUGAUGACUGGACAGCUGUGACGCAGGACGGUAUGCGUUCUGCGCAAUUCGAGCAUACUUUUCUCGUGACGGAGACGGGCUACGAGAUCCUGACUGCGCGUGAAAACGAGCCGGUGAUGGAGUGGGACAUGGCCAAGGUGCACCGUCCGUAA